AUGUCUGCAGGCGUCGAGGAAGCAGACCUGUUCGAGAGUGGAGAUGAGACCAGCAACGACAGCGAGGAUGACGAGGUGAUAGAAAAGAUGAACCCGAGGCAGGUAAGGUCGGCCCUGCGGAAGCGCGGCAUUGCCAUGCAGCGCCCGCGGCCCCUGGCGCAGAUGCGUGAGCUGCUGCGGGACUCGAUCGAAAGGGAGAAGCGGAGGAGAGCAGAGGUCGAGCGCGAACGAGCCCAGCUCGAGAAGGAACAGCGCGAAGAAGAAGCAGAAGGAGAAGCAGAAGAAGAAGCAGGGCACGAGCGAGCGGCCAAGCGCAGGAGGAAGACGCGCCAGAGCGAGGAAGACGAAACCGAAGACGAAGACGAAACCGACGACGAAGACGAAGACGAAGAGGACGAAGAGAACAGGGAUGAGAAACAAGAUGAAGCUUCUGCUGUGAAGAAGGAGGCGAGGAGAGAAAAAGAUACCUACCCUUUCGACCUCAUGCAAUCAGAACUGGCAGAGGCCCUGAAGCAAAGGAACUUGUCGCGAUUGGGGACGAAGAAGCAGCUGCUUACGCGUCUCGUUGUGGCGCUGCUCACGACGGGCGAGCUCACCGAGAGGCAGAUGAAGGAGCGUUCCCGCCUCGUAUCGCAGCGGAAGGAGGAGGCCCACCGGAAGCGCCGCGAGGCUUACCUCGAUCGCGACGCGCACCGACAGCGAAGGCGCCGAGCGGCCAUGCAAAAGGCGAAUAGCGAAAGCGAAGACGGAGGCGAAAGCGAAAGAGCGAAGAGUGUCGAUAGCGUCAACGCCGUCAACAACAUCGCCAGCGAGGCGUCGGCGGCGACGAUCGCGCCCAAGCUCGGGCCAAGUCGGGUCGUGGAACCGUCCGUCAAGCUACAGCGCGAGAAGCUGAUGCUCGAGGAGGUGGCGGAGGAGGUCAGCAGCGUCGAGCGAGCCGCGCGGGAGAAGGCGGAGGCGAGGCGCAAGAAGCGGGAGGAGGUGGCCAAGCGCAAGCGCGAGCGGGAGGCCAUCAUGAACAAGCGGGACGAGCUGCAGGCGCUCAAGAAGCAGAAGCUCGAGGAGAAGCGGAUGAAGGUCUUCACCGACCGGCUGCGCGAGAAGGAGAACAUGCUCUACCUCCCAAUCGAGGCCCUCCACAAGAUGCGACCGAAGAACACCAGCCUCACCUACCGAAAGCAGGAAAUGAUUGAUCGCAUCAUGGGCCUCACGGGCGAGAAGAGGAGGAAGGAGGAGUGGACGGAGGCCAACGAGGCCGAAGUCGUCCGCGCGCUCGUGGCGGAGGGCGGAACGCUUGCCUUGGGCAAACUCAAGCGCCGCUUUGGGCAAUUCCACGCCGAUCGCCUGCAGAGUAUCAUGGCCCAAGUCGCCGCUCUAAAAGAGGAAGAGGCCGACGAAGCCGACGAAGCGGACGAUCAGCCAGCGCCACCGCAACCCACGCCACGACGACGACGUGUCGCAGUUCCCAAGCCUCAAUCGCCCGACGAGCAACUCGAGGUGACCCUGCAGCCCGUCUCCCUCGACGAACUUCUCGACUACCGGUCGUUGCUCGAAUCGUUUCCUACGGAGCUGCCCAAGAAGGAGGAGCAGCUCGAAUCGCUCCUCUUCGGCGCGCCCGAUGUACUCUCCAUGCGCGCAGCCAACAUGUUUUGGCCGGACGACGGCGGUGACGUGGAGUGGGAUCUCUGCGACCAGGCCCACUACAUGGACGACCACGAAUACGCCGACCCAGCCCUCUCCAUACCUUUUUCCUCUCCAUCCUCUCCUUCAUCUUCAUCUUCAUCUUCAUCUUCAACAUCAUCGUCGUCGUCAUCAUCAUCUUCGUCGUCGAGUGUGGCCACGAGCGAACUGCCGCUGCGCGUGUUCCUCGAACAGCUCCACCGGCAGUCGCAAGAGAUGGUGGCCAAGGCCCAGGGCUUCCUGGGCCAGUUCUUGCAGGUCAUGGAGCACGAGGAGGCCAAGCGCAGGGCAGUGCGGGAGAGUAGCCCGACCAGCCGCCAGAAGACCCGCGAGAGGCAGGCGCGACUCGCCUCAGCCAUCGGCGAACAGCGCAAGGCCACCGGCGGAGACACCGACACACACCUCGACGCCCCGCCAGCCGAGGCCGCCGCCGAAGUGGUCGCUGAGCCACCGGAGAGCGCGGGCAGCGUCGAUCGCGACGCGGGCGACGACGCCAGCGAGACCCAGGCGUCGUCGUGCGGCGGCGAGCACCUCUCGGUCCACCCCACGGCCAAGCAGGAGCAGCAGGCGCUGCGAUGGUGGGAGGCGCGCCAGGUCCUGUACGACCCACUGGAGCAGAUCAACUGGCGCACCGUCGCCAAUCUCGGCUUCAAGUACGCCGACGACCUGGACUUGCCCGACGAAGUGUUCCAGCGGACCAAGAAGCGGCUGCUCGCGCUCUACGGCGAGAAGGAGACGCAGGACACAGGCACGCGGGUGGGUAACGAAGGCAUCUUCGCCCCGCAUCGCUACAACCUCGCCCGCAUCGCCGAACUGCAGGCCGCCUACGACCACUACCGCGACCACCCGGUCGCCUUCUUUCCCAGGAAGCACGAACCAUGA